GGCGGCCCCACCCCCGCGGCUGGCCAGCGGGCAAGCUCCGCGCGUCCCUUCCGUCCGGCCCGCGCCGGCGGCGGGGAGGCGGCCCGCGCGGCCCGCAGCCGGCUCAUGGAGGCUUUCCCCUGGGCGCCCCACUCGCCCCGCCGCGGCCCCCCGCCCAUGGCGCUCGUGCCCAGCGCCCGCUACGUGAGCGCCCAGGGCCCAUCGCACCCACAGCCCUUCAGCUCGUGGAACGACUAUCUGGGGCUCGCCACGCUCAUCACCAAGGCGGUGGACGGCGAGCAGCGCUUCGGCUGUGCCCGCGGAGAAGACAGAGACGGCGGCGGCUCCCCGCCCUCCUCUUCCUCCUCCUCCUGCUGCUCCCCUCACGCCGGGCCUGGGCCCGGGGCGCUGAGGCCUGUGCUGGGGCCGCCGGACUACGAAGAGGAGGAGGACGACGACGACAGUGACGAGCCUGGGUGCGGGGCCCGCUACCUGGGGAGCGCGCUGGAGCUGUGCGCAGGCCCCGCUGAGGCCGGGCUGCUCGAGGAGCGCUUCGCCGAGCUGAGCCCGUUCGCGGGUCGCGCCGCCGCGGUGCUGCUGGGCUGCGCGCCCGCCGCGGCAGCCACCAGCGAGGUGACGCCGCGCGAGGAGCGAGCCCCGGCGUGGGCGGCCGAGCCCCGGCUGCACGCUGCCUCCGGGGCCGCGGCUGCCCGGCUCCUCAAGCCCGAGCUGCAGGUGUGCGUGUUUUGCCGGAACAACAAGGAGGCGGUGGCGCUCUACACCACCCACAUCCUGAAGGGACCCGACGGGCGGGUGCUGUGCCCCGUGCUGCGCCGCUACACGUGUCCCCUGUGCGGCGCCAGCGGCGACAACGCGCACACCAUCAAGUACUGCCCGCUCUCCAAAGUGCCGCCGCCGCCGCCCACCGCCCGGCCGCCCCAGCGCAGCACCAGGGACUCCCUGCCGGGCAAGAAGCUGCGGUGAGCGCAGCCUGCUGCCACCUGACGCCACGAGGGUCACCGCCUGCCCACUCUCAUCUUUGGUCUGCGCACCGUCUCUUCCUUGCUGUUGGGAAGGCGUGGAGACAGCAGUUGCUUCAACUUGCCGUGUCGUUCUGGAUUUUUCAAAGAAAGCAGGCCGUUCGGAGUACUGCGGUUGAGUCAAGACGCUAAAAUCUUGAUUUGUCUCUAGUUUCUAGUUUGUGCGCAUCCGGACAGUGAAGGCUGUGUGUAUUCCACUAACUGAAAUAUUGCAACUUAGAGGCGCCGUUUAUUUACUGUACACGUCGACCUAUUUUAGAUGCGCAUCAAUAUGAAAUUAUCUCAAUCAAAUCUUGGAUGUUUAAUUUUAUUAAUGGAGGCACUUUACUAGGUCUAGAAUAUUUUUUUAAAAGCCUCUUAAUUGAACUUAAAACCGAUGAUUUUAUGGAAUGUUGGCAAAAUGACUUUUAUUGUUUGAAACAUUUUUUUUUUAGUUGUCCUUAAUCCGUUACUCUUAUUCCAGGCAAAGCAAGCCCCUGGUAGCAUCUGUUUUGAGAAGUGAAGAAUUCUUUUCAGUAUUAAUUUGAGAAGGUAUUCCCUCUUUGUGGCUUGUUUCUGUCCUAGCUGAAGGUAUAAAAAAAAAAUGCACACUCUGUAGCGGGUAGAAUACAAUUUAUUCUUAGGUACCAGAUCUUUUAUUACUGAACUAGCAACUAGCAUUUUCCACCCUUAAAAGUUGUGCCGUUAUAAUCAUAUUGUGUACCCACUUGGAAAUGGUGCUGUUUAAGAAGUGACUUGUGUAUUUAUACUGUAACAGUAUACGAUUUCAUUAAUCUUGCCUAUAACUUUGCUACUUGGCUUUUUGUCUUUGUGCCCGCCCCCCAUUUCCAGUUCUUUAAAAACUGUGAUACUAAGAUCAAGAGCAGGUAGCAAUGACCCUGAAUCGUUCAAUGCCUGGGUUCCAAAGUAGUGGAAAACCCAUUCCAGCCCUCGCCUCUCAAGCUAAGUGGAAGAUGAAACUCUUUGCACCCUGGAAGGUUCAUGUAAUAACCUGUGUUCCUGAAGGUUCCACUCUGGGCUGCCUGGCUUUAGGGUGUCGGACCUUUUGGUGUCUCUGGGCCACACGUUAAAUGCAUUGCAACAGGUAACCGCAAAAUAACCGCAAAACUCAAUGUUUUAAGUAAAUUUACAGUUUUGGGUUGGGCUGCAUUUAUAGCCAUUCUGGGCCCCAUGUGGCCUGUGGGUUGAACACUCUCGGAUGGUCCCCAAGCCAGAAGAAGCAGUAAUUAUGGAGCUGGGGGUUGGAGACGAGGAGCAAAACCUAUGUUCCCAUUCUCACUGGAAGACCCCAAUGUUCCUGGAACUCUACCAGUUAUAGAUAAAUGAGGUUAAACCUGAUUCUUAGGCAAAGGUUCUUAACCACUAUCCUACCUGCCACCCUCCUUUUUAUAUCCCCCAAGUUGAAUGCCACACCAUCACGGGCAGCCUAUCCAGAGAGGCAGAAAUGGAAAUAAAGAUAAAACCACCAGAAAUACAAAAUGCCUAUCUGAAAAUAUCAGCAGGAGAUUAACCUAAGCACAUAAAGAUUCCAGCAGGAGAAUUUAAGAGAUUAGACUGCUUUCAUAUUAAAGAGCUAGCAUCCUCCACAACAAACUGGCUUGAGCACUACUCUGAAGGUGUACUAGAGCUUGGAGUAAAUCCUCUUGGGUACCUCGAGAGCCUUUUUGUUAGAGGAAGAAGGCGUGUCACUCGGGAGAGGGAUGGGGGACAUGCAGACUGUUUCUGGGCCAGGAAGAGAAACUCCACUCCUGCCCUAGGCGGAAAAACUUCCAAAUUAACUGGGCCUAAACUCAAGUAGAUUAAUAAAGCCACAUAAUCCCUCUUGUUUGGCUAGAAAGUACACCAGCGUAAGUUAGUUGUGCUUAUGGGGUACUUUUCAGGUGGAUGUGAAUUCGCCUUAGCCCUCCUCCUGCUGUUCCCUAUCUUUUCAGCGAGUCACUAUAAACAGAUCAGUGCAUUCCUCAGACCAGGAGGAGCAGGCAGGCAGUUUCUUUGUAUCCUUAAGAGGAGCUGAAUUAUAGACACUUUCCCCGUCCCAGACUUCACUAGAUAGAUCUUCAAAACAAGUCACUGGGUGGGACGUGCCUAAAGGGGAACACACUGAACAUCGGUUUUAGCUUUGAGGUCAGGAGCGUGUUGGGAAGAGGAUCCAAAAGACCCUCAGCCAGGUUGGCAACCAUUGUAUUAAUCCAUUUAAAACAAAACCUGUAUUAUUUAUUGCCCCCGCCCCGAAAUUUGCCUUCUCCAGCUAAUAUUAAAAUACUGAGAGAUAUAAAGAGGGUAUUACUACCCUUACGUUUCUAGAGAUAUCUUAUUAAAAGUCUAGUAACCACACUCACAAAUUAGGUUGGCUUUAAAGUACAUUAUUAUGUCUUUUAUGUGAAAUAAGACAUUUUUCAUUUUGACCAGUAGCUUUAUUGACUUUUUAUUGGUAUUUUCAGUAUAUCUCCUAUUUCCAGCUAUUGAUUUCUAGUGGGUAGGGGCCGGGGUGCUGCUAAACAUCUUCCAAUGCAUAAGCUAGCCCCACAGCAAAGAAUUACUUGACCAAAAUAUCAAUACCAAGAAACUUCACAAACUGGUUUUAACAUGUUCGAUCAGUCAGGGUAUCUUCUCUGUACACUGCACAAAUCUUUUUUUACAUUUCAGCUGCAUUUUUACCUUUGCUGAAAUAAUAAAGCAUAAUACACCGAU